AUGAUUUUUAAGCUUAAUUUUAUCAAUUUUAUUUUAUUCAAUUUUUUUUUAACAUACAUAUGCAGAAGUAUUAAAUUACAUGAUAGAAACAAAUUAACAAAAAAUAAUUUCAUGAGUAUCUCUAAUAUACCAAUUAAAACAAUUAGAAAUAAGAAUAAUUCAAAAGAAAAUGAUACAAGGAAAUAUAAAAUAAUGAUUAAUUAUUAUAAUAAAUCAAAUAUUUUUCAAAAAAGUUUUUUUUUAUCAGUUAGUGAAGAUACAAAUAUUAAGGAUUUAAAAAAAAAAAUUGAAACAUUACAUGGAAUACCAACAGAGUUUCAGGAAGUACUUUAUGAAAAUAAAUCGUUAAGUGAUCAUUUAAUUAUAAAAAAUUUAAUUGAAGAUAAAAAAAUAAAACUGUUAAAUUUUCGUCUUAUACCUAUACUUCCUCACAUAUUUAAUGAAGAAACAAAUGAUGAACAUGAAAAGGAAAAUAAAAAAAUUAAAAAUUUAAAAGAUAAACUAAAAUACUUUGGAUAUAUAACUAUGCUUAAUGAAUAUAAAAAAUUAUUAAAAAAAUUAGAAGAAAAAAAAUAUAUUAUAAAAGGUGUUGAUAUUAUUGAAUCAUUUAAUUCUUUUGAUAAAGAAUUUGAAAAAAUUUUAAAAAACAACAAUAUAAACCUAGAAAAAAUAAAAAAAGAAAUAGAUGAUUUAAAAUUUGUUGACAAAAAAAAAUUAUUACUAAGAUUACAAGUAGAUUAUCCAUUAAUGAGUAAUUUAUUAUUAGACAGAAUAAAACAAUUAAUUCAAUUUUAUUAUUUAGGUGAUGUUAAAUCUGUAAUUAAGUUUUCUAUUUUUUUCUACAUCUUAUAUAAAUAUGCAAAUUAUCCAAGAAACAUUAAAACCUUCUUUUUAUAUUUAUCUAUUUUUACUUUAAUAGCACCCUGCAAAUAUUUUUAUAAAAUUAUGCACUUCCUUUUUUUUUUUGUUCCUCAAGAUAUAUUAUUUUCAGGAUUUACAAACGUUUUGUCUGCCCCUUACCAGCAAAUACUCAUGUGUCAAUAA